GGGUGGGUCUCACCUGCAGUCCUAUUCAGGGAAGCUGAGUCUGGAGAAUCAGCGGAGCCCAAGAGUUUAAGGCAAACCUGUGCAAUACAGCAAGACCUCCAGACCUUCAGUGUCCAAAAAAAUAUAAAUAAAUGAACGUACGAACUAACGAACGAACGGAUAAGUGAGCCGGUCCAGGAAGGCAGAGCUUGGCUGUUUCCGGGUCCGGGCGAGACUAAGGUCCUGGGCUGGAUCCGUGGCUGCACUGCUCUGUAGAGCAAAGCCUGAGUGUGUGCACCACAGCCCUGCUCCAGUGCAAAGUCCUGCGAAGCGGCCGCCUCCAUUUCCUACUGUCGGUGAAGGCAGUCCUUCAGCACCCUGCUGCCAUGAACUUGGAGCUCUACCUGAACCUGCUGUCCCAGCCCUGCCGCGCUGUCUACAUCUUCGCCAAGAAGAACGGCAUCCCCUUCAAGAUGCAUAACAUGGACAUACUAGAAGGGCAGCUCAUGAGGGGAAUGCAGGGGUUCUGCCUGGGCCCUUGCACACAUUUUUUGGCUCCUUCCUUCGCAGGGCAGCUCAUGAGCGAGCAAUUCUCCCAGGUGAACUGCCUUCGGAAAAUUCCUGUCCUCAAAGACGGAAACUUCGUGUUAACCGAAAGCUCGGCCAUCUUGAUUUACCUGAGUUCCAAGUACCAGGUGGCGGACCACUGGUACCCAGCCGACCCGCAGGCCCGUGCCCGAGUCCAUGAGUACCUGGGCUGGCAUGCUGACAACAUCCGUAGCACGUUUGGAGUGCUCCUGUGGGCCAAGGUGUUGGCGCCACUCAUUGGGAUCCAGAUUCCCGAGGAGAAGGUAGAACGGAACAGAGAGCAGAUGGUCCUGGCUCUGCAGCGUCUGGAGGAAAAGUUCCUCGGGGACAGGGCCUUCCUUACUGGCCAGCAGGUGACGCUGGCCGAUCUCAUGUCUCUGGAGGAGCUGAUGCAGCCCGUGGCUCUUGGCUGUAACCUGUUUGAGGGACGGCCACGACUGUCGGCAUGGCGAGAUCGGGUGGAGGCAUUCUUGGGUGCUGAGCUGUGUCAGGAGGCCCAUGGCCUCAUCCUGAGCAUCCUGGAAGAGGCAGCCAAGAAAAGGCUACCAGUACCCCCUCCAGAGUUCCAUGCCAGCAUGUUGAGUCGAAUUGCUAGGAUUCCAUGAGUGAUCUGACCAGCAAUAAAGACUCAUUUUGUUUCUUGACUCUUUUUUUUUUUUUUUUUUUUAUGUUUUCUAUUUUCCACAGUCCUUUUUCUGGCUCUGGCAGGAGCUAUGCACGAAGCAUCCUUAGCAUGCUUCUCUUGAGGUACAGUGUGUACAACCAAUAGGAGACCAAAAUCAAUAAUAUAUAAAAGCUGCUAAAAAAAAAAAAAACCAAAACAAAA